AUGUUCAAGCCAUUAGGCUUGUUGGCAAAGCUGCCUUGCCCUGAUCACGCCAAAGGUGAAUGUGAGGCCAACAGAGGCAUGUGUCCCUUUUCUCACAACCCGACUCCUGCCCCGGAAAGCAUCAGUGCGACACCAGCAGCAUCAUCCGGUCGAGUUGCGCUCCAAGGCGCCAUGCCUCUACGCACCAAUGCUGCAAAUGCACCCACUUCCUCGACAAGGGACUUGAAACGACCGGCACCCAGCUCCUCUACUGCAUCCACGAAAGCAAGCGUCAACUCCAACGAUUCUUCUGCAUCUGCACUACCCUUCAAGAAAGCCAAGAACGCCUAUUCAGCCAACAAGCUCCAUGCGUCACCUUCUUCUGUGAGCUCUGCUUCUACAUCCAAGACGGCAAGUGCCAGCAACGAGUGGUCUCUGGUCGGCCAUCAUCCACCCAAGAUCGGAUUCAAGGAUCACCCAGCUUCCGCCAAGAUACCACUCUCAGCUCGACAGAACGGCCUUCAAGCUCUCUUCAAUGGCUUCGUCUCGGCCUACGAGCCUAUUUUACAAAGUACGGAUCCUAUUGUAGCAGGAAUUGGUCAGAAGCUCUGCCGUGAUCAUGCACUAGCCCAAGAGCUCGAGCAUUUCGCCAAAGUAGACAAGCACACCUACAAGAACAGCUGUAUCACGCUGCUCACCAGUCUCAAAAAGCGAGAUAGGCAAGUACUCGAGCGCGCUGCAACUGCUGCAGCUAACGAGGCAAGAAAACAUCAAGGCAACCCCGAUCUGCACCAGAAGGUUAUGAGGGUGUUGUUCGACGAAUGUACCGAAACGGGUACUGUCUCUCAGGUAGACGCCAAGAGGAAAGCGGUGCACGAGAGGCAGACGGGGAAGCUGGACCGUGCCAGGCUUGAGAACGCUCACUUCGUUUGCCCAGUCGACCAGCUAGAAAAGUACGAGUAUACUGCCGUGAUUCCUCCAGAGUGGCAAAACGAAGGAAGCACUAAGCCGGACGCUGUAGGUGAAAUCAAAGAGUGCGAGCGCUGCGGCAAAAAGUACACCGUUGGAGGCGAACUGAACGAAGCGGGAACGGAGAGGAAGGGUCAGAACCCAAAAGAGUGCGGCUAUCAUUGGGGAAAACGACGCUACGAAAAGCAGAGUGGGACCAAGGGCCGUGUUCAGAUCUGGACAUGCUGUAACAAGGCGGUUGGAAGCAAUACGCUGGGCGACGACAGUUGCUGUUAUGGCCCGCACGUCUUCAAAGAGACGGCAGGACUCGAUUUACAUCGCAGAGAGGCUUUUAUCACGACCAAGGAGCUCAUCGAAUCGACCAGGAACGAGUCGAGCUUGACCGCACAACUCGACAUUGUAGCGCUCGAUUGCGAACUGAGCUAUACCACUGCUGGGCUCACAUUGACAAGAUUGACGCUGGUGGACGAGGAAGGCGAGAUGAUUCUGGACGAGCUAGUACGCACACGCACCGACAUUGUCGACUACAACACACGGUUUUCAGGUAUCACGCCGGAAGAGUACGAAGAAAAGGCCGUCUUUACGCUUGAGCAGGUGCGCAAGACCAUGGCGCAGUUUGUUGGUGAGAACACCAUCCUCGUCGGCCAUGGACUGGAGAACGAUUUGCGGGCCAUCCGAUUGGUGCACGACAAGGUAGUAGAUACGGUGAUGCUGUAUCCUCACGCUCGUGGCUUUCCAUUUCGAACAUCGUUGCGUGACCUCACGGCAAAAUAUCUGGGCAAGAUCAUUCAGAAUCAAACCAGUCUUGGCCACUCUUCGCUGGAGGACGCAAGGAUGUCGCUGGAGCUAGUGCGCUACAAGAUGGUCAACGACCCCACUUCACCCUUUGCCAGCCAGGAGACUCAUGACAACAGUGUCAAGGUAGCAAGAGCGACGGGUGUAGCUGUCCAAGGAGGUCUGUCCACAACAGGUCAAGGCGAGAGUCGAUCGACGCAAGCUCCUGUUCGCUCGAGUCUCUUCGGGGCAUCCUUGGCCAAUGACAGUGCACGUUCGAUCUUUCAAAAGUAG